CGAAUGCAACGAAAUUUUCCUCGGCGCUUUUCAUCUCAGUUAGAAUUUGCUCUCGUCGCUAGACAAAGGUGAUUUUCCCCCCCGGAUGCGUAACGCGGGCCUGGUUUGUCGGUUUUGGGGUCACAAAACGGUUGGAAAAUUUGUAUUUGAGUGAGAUUUUGGAUUAAUUUUGAAAUUAAGUUCUUCAAAUUAUUUUUGGAAAAGUGCACUUUCUCGUUUCACUUUCAACGGUUGUGUUGUGCGCGCGGAGUUACACUCUUAAGGGGGAAAGCGGCACAGGGGGAAACAAGUGGAAAUUCGCUGACGGAAAACCGGAACGUACGGAAAUAGUACUACACACACACACUCGACAGUCACGGUCAACGAGCGCCAAGUUUGGCCUGGAGGGCAGAACAAGUGUGGUGCAGGUCAGCCUCCCCCUCCCACCACCACACCGCCCAUGUUGGGGUUGCACCUGUGCGAGUGUGUGUACUACGGUGUGUGUGUGUGACGCUCGAGUAGGGGGUCAACACUUUUGAGCUUCUCCGAGCUGCUGGAUCUUCACGUUGAAAAAUAUUGAUUGCGGAAAACAUCGCCAAGUAUAUAGAGCUCAAGUUGUUGUUCAGUUGUUGUUGGCGGUGGCGGUAGCGGCGUGGAAGAGCAAAAAUAGUUUGGAUGUUUGGCCGAGAACGGCCACCGAUCUCCCACCAAACCCUGUCUGAGAGGGGGGGAAGACGAAAAAAAAGUGCAACUUUAAGUCGGGAAAAAAACAUCACUUAGAGUGGGUGUAGUUUUUUGUGUGGAGAUGGUCAAAAUCAGAAGUGUUCUCUGCCUACCUGUCAUUGUAUCUGUCGGAAAGCAAUAUUUGUGUCUAAUGGAAUGAGAUUUUCCACCUUUGGGAUCAUCUACAAAUAUCAAAGCUGAAAUAAGUGUGUGCAUGUGUGUCUUGUUUUCAUCUCUAAGUGUGUUGUGGCGCGUUAGUGUGAUUCGUAGCAAAACAGAUGUUUAGUCGUUAAUAAAGUGUAAAUUUCACAACACCGAAAAAAAAACCAGGUGAAAGAACCCCCCUGUCUGGAAAGCAGCCCAAGAAGUUAUAUAAUUUUAAUUGGAAUUGCGGAGCACAAUCCUUUUCGGCGCGGUCUCAUUUUGGCUUUCCGCGCUGCUGUUUGAUCCUGAGGUUCAGAGAACGAGGACGAACCGAGCAGCAAAACAAUCCUGUGCGGCAUUGCGGCCUGACGGCAGUAAUCAAUCUAGCGCCAGCCCGCUGCCAACCCAUCUCAUUUCGGCCGUGACAGCUUAAAGCUUCCGCGCGCUCCCCCAGAACCACCUCUCGCGCUAAAAAAGUGGAGAUCGGUUUUGCUAUCACAUAAGAGAGCCUUGGGUUGUCACCUGCGGCUUGGAUAUGCUUUAGUCUCCCCCGGGUUGUAAUCAAUUAUUAUAAAACCGAUCCCGACCGACGGAUGGGACCUGCCUCGUCGUGGUUGCGGAGGUGCGGAGUGUUCCGGAAAGGGUGCUGCGGCGGGUGUAAUAAAAGUCCUGCUGCCGGAGGUUUGAUCAAUCACCCAUCCCCCGCCAUCGGCAGUGAAGUGUAAUUAAGUUUGGAAAACUUUUGCAUAAAAGGGUGGCUAGUGUGAAGAUGACGAGGGGUACGCGGUGUUCUGGGGUCGUUGGGUGUGGUUGUGGGACGGCGUAGAUCAAAGACGAUGAAGAUUAAAGGUGAACGAACAGUUGGUAGUAGUUUUGUAGAAGCUAGUGGCAGGUCACCCGAACAGUAAUUGCACGGUACGACGGCGUUGAGAGCCCGUGCGCUGGUCCUUAUAUGGACGUGCUUGAACUGACGCGACUCGUCAAUGAACUCACCGUUGGAAGUAAUCUUCAGCAGACGCAGCAGCAACGCGACAUUCCCAAGUUGUACGUGUCGGCGGUCGCGAUCGGCAUUGGUGAGGGUUUGCACGAGAGUACGGCCGCGGCGGCACCGUUCGCCCUGUUGACGCUGAACCAGACGCUGGGGGUCGUCGGUGGUGGUGGUGUUGGUGUUGGUGGUGGCAGCGACUCAUCUUCAGACGCACUCAGUGUGGUAGCGGCGGCGGCCACCAGUACGACUACCACUGCCGGAUCGAUCAUCGGGUCGACCCUCGCCGGAAAGGUGCUCGAGCAUGAGCCGGAGAUUGACACGAUCCGGAAGGUGAUCAUCUGUAUCGUGCUGCUAGCUGUGAUAUUCGGAACGAUUGUGGGCAACAUUCUGGUGUGCGUGGCCGUUUGCUUGGUGCGGAAGUUGCGCCGACCAUGCAACUACCUACUGGUGUCCCUGGCGGUGUCUGACCUGUGCGUGGCCUGUCUGGUGAUGCCUCCGGCGCUCAUGUACGAGGUGCUCGGUGAGUGGAAUUUUGGGCGAGUUUUCUGUGAUAUUUGGGUUUCGUUCGACGUGCUGUCGUGCACGGCCUCGAUCCUGAACUUGUGUGCAAUCUCGGUCGACCGGUAUUGGGCGAUUACGAAACCGCUGGAGUACGGCGUCAAACGCACUCCCCGGCGGAUGAUGCUGUGCGUAGCGUUGGUUUGGCUGGCAGCCGCCUGCAUCUCGUUACCACCCCUGCUCAUCCUUGGCAACAAGCACACAAUCGGCGAAGGGGACGAUCAGCGGCCAUUUUGUGCGGUCUGCGAAGACGUAGGUUAUCAAAUUUACGCCACCCUGGGGUCCUUCUACAUCCCCCUGGCGGUGAUGCUUUUUGUAUACUAUCAGAUAUUCCGAGCCGCCCGGCGAAUAGUCAAGGACGAAAAACGGGCCCAAACAAGACUGGAAAACUCCCUCGCAGUAGACAAGAACCAGGCGAUGCUCAAACCCCCCGAACCGGUCGUCAACUCGUCGGGAUCGCCCCACCAGAAAAAGCUUCGCUUCCAACUGGCCAAGGAACGCAAAGCCUCCACCACUCUCGGCAUCAUCAUGUCCGCGUUCACCAUCUGCUGGCUGCCCUUCUUCAUCCUGGCGCUCGUCCGACCCCUCAUGGACGACGACUACCCAACACUAUCGUCCUUUUUCCUUUGGCUAGGCUACGCCAACUCCCUCCUGAACCCCAUCAUCUACGCCACCCUGAAUCGUGACUUCCGGAAGCCCUUCCAGGAGAUCCUGUACUUCCGCUGCUCCAACCUGAACAUCCUGAUGCGGGAGGACUUCUACCACAGCCAGUACGGUGAACCCGGCUCGCAGCGCUUCGUCCUGGACAACGAGGGCCAGCACACGGCCCGAGAGAGCUUCCUCUGAAAUAACCGCAACGGCCGCCCCCAACCCCACCACCACCAGCACAACAAUACAAUCAGUGCACGACCACGUGAAUUGCACCACCAACCACCACCACCACCAUCAACAACAACAACAACACUACCCUUCUCUAGUUCUGAACUCACAGAAGCAAGGAUGGAAUCACUAAUAUAGCGUUAAACGUUGUAGAACAGCUUAGGACCUAGUAUAAACUAAACUAAACUAAACUAUAUACCUAGUUCAAACAAGCACUGACCAGCAGUAGCAGCGGCAGUGGCGAAUGUGACUGAGAAAAAGGCUCAUUUUUAGUGUGUAAUGUGAGUUGUUGGUUUAAGGCGCGGUGAAAGUUAUUAAAUUAAUAAUUUCUCACCUGAUUAGUGUUUAAAAAAUAGGUGACGCGGGGGUUUGUGGUGGCGUACUUCUGUGGGGUGCGUUUUGGUAAAUUUGAAAACAGUUUGUUUAAUUGUUAAGCACAUUUCCAUUCUAAAAUUGCAUCAAAUUAAAACUUCCAAAAAAUGUUUUCGAUAAUCCAAAAGUACUAACUGACUAAACUAGAAGUUGUCAAUAAACUUCUUGAUUUGACCUCCUAGACCCAGCAUCACGUAUACACAUCGACUCAAAAUCAAAUGAAUGUGUGUGUGUGGUGGGAUGUUGAUCAAUAUAAUUGCACUAGAUACUUAUGUCGCUAUUUUCAAAAGUUUUGCUUUUAAAAUGAGAAGUCUGCAAGAUUGUUUAGAAAGGUAUUUGAAAGACCUUUCCAACGUGUCCAAAAGAUUGACAUUCAUAUCAAAGUAAUACACUUAAGUGUUAAUUACAAGCUCCUUAAACGAGACAUUAAAAGAUUGACGAUCUGCAACGCUAUCAAAAGUUGUCAGCACUUGUGUUAAAAGAUAACGAAUACAAAAAGAAUGAAAAAAAGCUAAACAAAAUCUAGCUGAAGCCGUAGGCCGGAUUUUUCACCACAGUGCAUUUUGAGAUGAUUAUUCGAAAGUCCAAUAGAUGGCAGCACUAAGCAUUAUGGAAUUGGCCUCGUUAGAAUAAGCUUUGUUUGCAUGUAUGCAGGCGCAAUUGAAUACAAACAGAAAGCAUUAUCAAUUGAUUUUAGGAUGAAGGCAUCAAUCACUGAUGUGGUUCAAGUAACGUUUUUGCAACGUUUUUGUUUAUAAAUUGCGAAGAAUGUGGUUAUUUCUACACGAUUCUUCAGACAUUUGAUAUAAAUUUAAAUUAGAGUAAUUCGUAGUGGCUUUAAUAGUUUGCAGAUUUUGUUUUUGCUAAAUGAAAAAUACAAAUGAAGGGAAAGUUGAGAAUUCAGUCUUAAUUCCUUAAACGUGAUUGUGAUAUUUAAACAACCUAUUGAAAAAUUAAAUAAAACAAGUUUGGUUACUUUUGACGGCUUUUAAAAAGCUGGCGUGCCACCAGGAAAAAAAAUUCCGACCAUUUUUUACCGCACACUUUUUUUUGUACUUACUACAGAGCGGAUUCGUGAAUUCGAAUUUCGCUACUUCGAAUGUCCGCUAAUUCGAAUGCUCGCUAAAAGCACUCAACCAUCAAACCCAGUUUGUUGAUGUUCCAACACCAUUGUUCGACAAUUUCCGCAUUCAAAAGAUAAAAUGUGUUACAAGAAAGUACACAAGCGACUUCUUGUCAAUAUAACGUUCAGUAAUGAUUUCACAGACAUUUCAGACAUUUUUUUGUAUAUUUAUUACAUAAACAAUGUACUUUGUCAUUCUAGUCAUGCUUGUACCAUAACUAUUUACAUCAUUAAAAUAUCUUUUUCUGAUGAGUUUUGAAUAAAAUCUCAAUAUUCUAUUUACUUUUUCGAAUUGAUAGAUAUUUUUAAGAGUUUACAAAAUAAUUUGUACAUACUUUAGAUGUGAAUUUUCCAAACAAACAAAAAUUGUAGUUAUUGAAAUCUUGAAACUAUCAACAUCUAUUUCUGUUUCAAAUAGGAAAUAAUGAUCAAUUUUAAAUUAGCCUGGGAUAACCACUUCAAGUAUGACAAUCGCAAAAAUUUAGAAGUUGAAAACGUUUGGAUUAAUUAUAUUACAGUACUGGUCAACAGUGUAUGGCAUUGAAAGAUCUGUCAAACUUCGACCGAAAUUUAAAUGGUUUGCGUUCGCUCGGGUUACUUUUGAAAUUUUAAGCAAAGCUAGUUUGGUAAGCCUUGAUUCAAAAAAAAUCUGUCGAGAAAUUAAUGCUUUUUAAAAGACAUAUUUAAAAAAGCUUAAAAUGUUGUUCAGCUUUUAACCUAAUUUUCCACAUAGAAGCAUCUCCACAAACCUUUCCUGGCCUAAUGAUAAAAAUACGAAAUACAUGAUACAAUCAUCUCGUUGAAGCAAACAAAACUACUGUAGAUGAAUAAAUAGCUAUACUCGUUAGUAGAAUUUUCUCGAGACUCAAAGGAAGGAUUAACCAAUACACACAACCCAGCUGGUAGAAAAAUUGUCAGAAUUGAAAAAAAAAACACAAAUUUGAACGCAAACAAGCAAACACACAACCAAACUCGAAAAACACGAACAAUCUAAGCAAAACAAAACACACUUCUAUAGAGUCAGUCAGUAUAUGAAAAAGUAAGCAAAGCAGUAGUGAAACCUUAGCAAAAUAUUAACACUUUAAGUAACCCCCAACCAAACAAAGAAUGCAAAGCAUCCCAAAGAGAGCAUACAAGAAAACAAAAACGAAUCAAAGAAAAUGGCGCAAACUGAAUUAAAUGUCAAUAUAUUUUAUGUACAAAAUAUCACAGCGAGACGUGUGUGUCGACCUAAGCGAAGAAUUAGCAAAAAAAAAGCCAUCAUCCAGAAAGUGGAACAGGUUUAGAACGGAGAACGUUACGUGGGAAACCCUUUUCCCCGAACUCGAUAUCAUUGCCAUCAUUGGUGCACACAAAAAUGCAACACAAAAGUGAAACUAAACAGAAUCAAAGUUAGACAGAGAGAGUUAAGCAACCAAGGUUUUUAUAACAAAGCAAAAAAAGUCAGAAAUCGUGCAAUUUAUUUUACUAUCUAUACACUUAUUGAGAAAAGACGAGAUAAACGACAUGUACACUAUUUAUUUAUCUUUAACCUUAAAAGUCGAAAAUCUUUUCGCGAAGGGAAACGAUCGGUGCAACUUACUACAAGAAUGUAUAAAGAAACCUAUAUAAUGAAGAAAUGGUUGAGUAUUGUCUAUUUACAGUUUAGAAGCCGUUAAGUAUUUUCUCUACGAUAGCACAGUACCAAAACAAAUAGACAAAUUUAAAUUAAAUGACGGAUAUUUUCAGCGCGCAUUGUACUUAUUUCUGUUGGUUGGAUUAAGGAUCGAAAAAUAUUUUAAGAACGACGUUACGAAUUUAUUGUCUGACAGAGGUUGGAUUUAAUUGUCUGAACUGGAAUUUCCAGCGAAUGCAAAUUUAAUGAACAAGCUUCUGGGAAUCGCCACUGCUUUAUCCGGUACGUUGAGCAGCUGAUAAAAUAAAGUUAAAAUUCAUGCACGAUUGACUGCGUUGUGUUUGUUGGAUUAUUUUACGAAACAAAAAAACAAGCAAAAAUCACCGAUGUGUAUAUUUACCACCCACGAUAAACGGAGAGUGGCGAAGUGCAAGUGUUGAAAAAAUGUAAAACUGGCAGCAAAAAAAUACCUGCAACAGAAACUGAAUUAAAUACACAUGAAAACAUGUAGAUCAAAGUAAAAACCAUA